AUGUUAAAAAAAAUAUUAACUGUUCAUAAUAUUUGUGCAAAAUAUAGGAAAAGGUUUUUUUGCCAUGAAUUAGUAAACUUAGGAAUUCUUGCACAUAUUGAUGCAGGAAAAACAACAAUAUCAGAAGAUAUUUUAUAUAAUGCCAAUGAAAUAAGGGUAAAAGGAAACAUAAAUGACCAGAACACUCAGUUGGAUUUUUUAAAACAAGAAAGAGAAAGGGGAAUAACAAUUAAAACAGCUUAUUCAUGUUUUAAAUGGAAUGAAGUGCACGUAAAUUUAAUUGAUACCCCAGGGCAUGUUGAUUUUAGCAAUGAAACUUUCUUAUCUUUGUGUGUAUCUGAUAAAUGUGUCAUUGUUGUGGAUGCAAAGGAAGGAUUACAAAUUCAAACAAUAAAUAUUUUUCGUUAUAUAAAAGAAAAUAUUCCUAUAUAUUUUUUUUUAAAUAAAAUGGAUAUACACGAAGCAGACAUUGAGUAUAAUUGUACAAGUAUCAAAAAUAAUUUAAGUAAAAAAAGUUUGCUCAUAACAUAUCCAAUUUAUGAAAAUAAAAAAUUAAAAUAUAUAUUAGAUCUGCCAUCUAUGUUGUUAUAUUCGUAUCCCCAAGUUAAAUAUGGUCAAAAGAUAAUUUUUAAAAAAAUACCCCUAGGGCCAGUUUUAAAAGCUUCCAAAUUUGAAAAUGUACAUAAUCAUUUUGAUUCAAUUGAAUUUUGUAAUGAUAAUAUAAUACCAUCAGGAGAAGAUGAACAAACAAGAAAUUUUAAAAUUUUGAAUAUUCUGAAUUAUAACAUAGUUGAUUAUGUUGUAAAGAAAAGAGAAGAAAUCGUGGAAGUUUUAUGUGAUUUAGACCCUGAGCUAGAGUAUAAAUAUUUAAAUAAUAUUAAAAUAAAUUAUGACAAUGUUAAGAAAUCCUUGAUUAAAUGUAUAAAUAUGAAGCAUAUUUUCCCUAUUUUUUCGGGGAGUGCCCUCAACUCAUGCGGGGUGCAUCUUCUCCUUGACUAUGUUACAUAUACCGAUGCCAGUUAUAAUUACCCUUACAAUAGCACCCAAAGGAAGGGCAAAGAGCACGAUAAUAUGAGUUUGUGUGCACCCAAAUGGAGUGAUAAAACCGGUAUGUGUUUGUUAAGUAACAAGGAAAGAAAUAUCGUUGGCGGCAUUAAUGGCAGUGGUAGCAGUAGCAGUGGUAGCAGUAGCAGUGGUAGCAGUAUCAGUGGUAGGAGCGAAGUGAAGGCUGGAGGAAGCGACCAAUCCCGCGGAACAGCGAACACUCCUAAUGCAAUUUCUUCCCGGUUAAUCAUGUCAAUGAAAAAUAGCUUACUUAAUAAAAAAUAUGAACCUGGGCAUUUUUUUAAAACGAUUAUAUUUAUAUUUAAGUUAGUAAAGGAAAAAAAUGGAUAUAACACAUUUUGUAAAGUGCUUAAAGGAAAAAUCACGAAAAAUUCGAAUCUUCUUAAUAUUAGGAAUAAUAAAAAUGAAAUAGUUAAAAAUAUAUAUAAAGUAAAAGCAGACAGAUAUGUAAUGACGAAAGAGUUAAAGACGAACGAUAUAGGAAUGAUCAGGGGAUUUCAAAACAUACUAGUUUGUGAUAUCAUAUGUGAAACGGAAGAACAAAAAGGGGAUGUUCAGGAGAAGCUAUGUAAUAAGGGGCUUAUUGAUUAUGUGUCCCAAAGAGAAGAAAACAAAAGAAUGAUCAAAGACAACAAAAGUAGAGAACUCAUAAUGGAUAAUGAGUACGACGAUGGUGGAAAGAUAAAGGUACCCCAUGAUGAUGUAUACUCCUUCAAUGAUAUAUAUAAAUUAAUGAAAGGAGAAAUAAAGAAUAAAGAAUUAUGGUAUUUUUUAAAAAGUUACAAAAAAAGAAUAAGAAAAAAUAUCGUUGUUUGUACAUGUGCAAUAGAGCCAAGGGAUUGUAGGAAAGAAAAAGAGUUGAAGAAAAUUCUAAAUAAUAUAUGCUUAGAAGAUAAUAGUAUAAUUUCCUACACAGACAAAAAUAAUAAAUUAAUUAUUGGCUCAAUUGGUAUUCUAAAUAUUGAAGUUACCCUAGAUAAGAUCAGGUGUGAUUAUAAUAUUGACAUUCGGACGGAGGAUGUUGAAAUCAUCCAGAAGGAAUAUAUUAUAGGCAAUUAUGAAGAUACUAUUAAAAAACAGAUGAAAGUUAACUCGAACUUUUCUAGUAUCACGAUCGGUUUGAGUAUUAAGGAAAAGGAAUUCGUAGACAUCUCCAAGUAUAUUCAAAGUAUCUUGAAGUAUGACAGUACAUAUUAUUCUACAUCCUCUAAAAUACUGAAAGGGGAAAUGGAAGGGGAAACGGGGGGAGUAGAAGAAGACGAAGCAGACGAAGUAAAUGAUGAGGAAGAUGUAACGUUUCUGAAAAACGAAGAUAUUAGCAGCUCCUCCUUAAGAAGAAAGAGUUCCACAUUGCAUAAGUACAAUUUUGGCGCUGAAAGGAAAAUUAGUAACUAUUUUAAAGGUACAAUCAACGAAAUGAACCAUUUCAAAAGAAAAGUACAAAUUAAUAGUAACUGUCAUACAAAUGAACAGAUGGAAAACCUAAAAAAGGAGCUUACUGUAGGGGAAAUAUUUCAUUCGAGUUAUGCAGGAGAUCGAACUGGUAAGGCUAAUUCGCUUAAGAUGGAUGAAUAUAACCAUUGGUGUGAAAAAAGAGCAUGGGAGGAAGAAAUGGAACGGAUUAAGGAACCAAAUGAGGGGGGAUAUGAUGAAGUAAGAUGUGAAAAGGUAGAACAUGAUGAAGUUAAUGAUGGAAACAUAGACGAGUACCUUCAAAACCUUAACUACGAAGACUUAUUCCGAAGUACGGUAAGUGUUGAUAAAAAUGUAGAGUUAUAUAUUAACGAAUUAAAGGAAAAAAAAAAAAAAAAAAAAAAUUUUUAUAAUGAGAUUUUACGUAAUUGUAUUAUUUCAUUAAAAAAUUGUUUAAGUAAUGGUUACAAAACGAAUGGAAAUAUUAUUAAUACAGAAAUUAAAAUAACAAAAUUAGAAAUACCAGAAGACUGUACCAUAGCAGUAGCUAAAUAUGCAUGCAAUGAUUUGUAUUAUAAGAUGAUUAGGAAAGCAAAUGUAUGUAUAGCAAGUCCUUUAUCACUGCUGCAAAUACAUACAGACGAAUCUUAUGUUGGCAUUAUAGUAAAGGAUUUGAUUCAAUAUAGAAAUGGAUCUAUUAUUCAAAUCAUGGAAAAUACAGAGCAACAAGGUUUUAAAAUUAUGAAAAUUAUUGCCAUUAUUCCUGUUAAGUUUACGAAUAAUUAUGCUUCUAUACUGAGGUCUAUUUCGAGUGGCCAUGCGAACUUUUUCAUGACCUUUUGUGGCUACAAAAAAGAUUAG